GUAUCCGGUUCCGAACCGUUCUUGAAGAACCACAGCAGUGUUCGCGCAUCGUAACGUGACGUCAUCGCACACACAGUCGCCGCAAAAAAAAAAAAGACACACCAAUGCCGCACACUUAAAAUGUCAAUUAAGACAUGUUACCCACUCUGCCUUGUUUGAUGUUUAACUUGACUUAUGCAUCUGAAAGGUUGAGAUACAUUCUCGGAUUGGUUAUAUGAUCCCCAUUCUCAACUCUUUCUCAGCUAAGAAGUGAGCUAAUGCUAGCUGGAGUAGCACAACACAAGCACUGAGCUUGCAGCACAAGCAAGUGAGCCGACCAUCACCCACGACAACCCCGUAUGGAUUUGACGUCGGCACACAUUGUGGCUUGAUGUUUGGCAAAGGACAUAUUGUUGGAAAUUUGGAAGAUGGGAGAGUCCUGUGACCUUCAGCACUUUCUAAAGUGUGGUGUCACUUUGGAGGGCUCGUUUGUCUGAUUUGGAUUAUUCUUGGCCAUGCAGCAUCCUCAGGCCUACUAAUCCUUGACCAGUUUCUCAAUGGACACUCUGCUCAAGUCGGAAAUCAGAGACGAAGGAAGCGGUGCCUCAGUAAAGGUGGAGGGCCUGUCCAAGGCAGCUCUCAUCAAAAGCCUAUCUCCUAGAGUCAUGCUGACCAAUCAUCUCCUGCCUAAAGGGACCAAGAUGAAAGUCAACCUCGAGGAUCAGGGUCGUCAGAAAGUGUCCUUCAGCUUCUCGCAGACCAAGAAGCCACUGCACAGCCUCUUCGUUAUCCCUUCCAGCCCCGAACGGUCUGACGUUGAACCUCACACUGCCUCGUCACAGCCGACAGUCGACAAGGGAAAAGCUACGGAAAGCAAAAAUGAGCAAAUGCAAACACGCGCCUUCCCGACGGAGCAGACACAACCUUCACAGGUUCCGGGCUUUGCCGCUAAACUGAAAGUGGACUUGGCAAAGAUGCAUUUCAAGAAGCAAAUACUGAGCGUGUCGAUAACUAGGCAAAAACGAACCUCUGUUUCAGAUUCGGACGAGACGCCCGCUUCUGAUUUGCUGAGUUUGCAGAAAUCGGAAAAUAACAGUGCAAUCAAAUUCCCAACCCCACAGCUGCAGAACCCUGUCAUUGUGACCCCUUCUGAGGAUUCUCACAACGAUUCCUCUGAAAGUCGGAUAGCGCCUAGCCUGAAGAAACCUGCUGCAUCCUCAGGAAAAGAGGAGAGUUCUUGUAUGAAUGAGGUGGAUAGUGCUGCAUCCAGAAGAAAAACCAGGUCCCAAACUGGUACGGACAGUGAUGAGAAUCCAAAUCAGAUGUCUUCCAGACACAAGUCAGUUGACUCCAAAAGUAAAGCCAAUUCGGAAAGCAGUAGCAAAGCCGCAACACGGAGGUCUUCACCCGGGUCACACGGGGAAGAAAAGGAAAAAACUUCAACUAGGAAAUUUGAGAAUCACGAGAAAUCCUCUAGUUACGCAAAAUCAGACCGUGACUCUAGAUACACAUCAACACGGUCGCAGCGAUCAGACAAAGAUCGCAGAAGAUCCAGGUCUCGAUCACGAUCACGAUCCAGAGGCUCUCGAACCAGUUCAUCUUAUUCCAGAUCAGAGAGAUUGAGAAACGACAGAGGUUCCCGUUCAGAGCGGUCAUACUAUCACGAAUCGGAUCGCAGAUCGUACAGGAGUCCUCCACGCAGAGACAGACGACGAUCCCGCUCUCGCAACGACAGAACUCGAGAGAGUUCCGACUCUGAAGAUGACCAUCGCAAGACGAGGACACGGACAGGCGACUCCAGCAGAUCAUCCACCUACUCGAGCUCGCAGAGAGAUUCCAAGUCGUCAUCUUACUCAAAAUCAGAGAAGACAUCGAAAGAUACGCAACAUUCAUCAGAGUUCGAUAAAAGAAGCCAAUCCUCGUCAUCGAUGUCAGACAGGACUUCAAAACGAUUAUCAGAGACAGAUUCCCACCUCAAGUCAUCUCCUGGUGUAGACUCAAGGUCCUAUAAGUCUAGCACCCAUCACACAGAAGAAAGGAAAUCCAACUCUUUUAACCAACACUUGGAUAAUGAAAAACAUGAUCAUGAAGCUCCCACGAAAAACAAAUCGAGUGAAAUUGAUGCAGAGCAAAGGACAGAAUCACAGGCAAGCUCUGGUUUAGACGGGAAGUCUAGAAGUCUACAUACAGCUUGUAGUCCGGAAUCUAAACCGAUGACUAGGUCGCCGGAGAAAACCAGUGAACCUAAUAGACAAUCAAACGACAUAUUUCACGACCUCGGUGAAAAACCAACGCAAGAAGCCACCCUAGAACCGUGCUUGCUUGAGGACAAAGAAAUGCCCAAUAGUGAAUGUACCCACCAGGAUGUAGAGGAGACCUUAAAGGAGGCGCUAUGUGAUAGUUUAGAUGGAACAAAAUCAAGUCUCGAAGUUGAGAAAGAAAAUACAUCAGCUAUAACUUCAUUUGAAAUCCUACAGAAUGCAAAUGCCCCACUUCAAAAAUUAAAUGACGUGAAGGAUAGCCAUGUGACAUCACAGGAAGCACCUGAAAGUUCAAUACUUAACCGUAUUGACGGCGUAGUGCACAACCAGGAUGUGAAAGACGCUGAUACUUCAAACGAAUCAAAGUCUCUACUUGAUACAGAACAUAAACCCGCGACACAUAAUGUCCUAAACUGUAAACCGGAUGCUGAGCCGAGUAAAGCUGUGACUUCCAUUGACGAAGCUGACACAAAUGCACCAGUCCAACUUGAGGCGCCAUGUAAAACUGAGAACCUGAUGACACUUGACAACGCCAAAACAAAGAGCAGUACCCCUAAAAAGUCCAGAUGGGAUAUUGUCGGGCAGAAGGACCAGGGUAGCGAUGAUCCACAGAUGACUUUUUUUACAGCGAGUAGUCAGACCCUUAAAAAGUUUGUCUGCGUAAAAAAAAUCGAGUUUUCCAAAAACCAAAGUCAGAUAGAUAUCAAGGAAUCUGAAAGACAUUCCGUACCGGAGAAUGAGCACGAGAGACUAAAGCAGGCAGAUAGUUAUAAUCACCAAGGGGAGCAUUCGCACGGUGUCGCUGGCAUUGAACACCGUGGAAUUGAAAAAACAAAUCUAGCCCCGCCUCUGUGCAACAGUGAUACAAUACAUGUCAACCAUGCUGUACAUAUGCAGACUUGGAACGGUAACGUGAAAGAGAAAUCUGGUAAUAUCGCUAUUCCGGACGGCAUUGAAGCACAGAGCGACGCCAGUGAUAGCGACAACUCUGAGUAUGACUCGGAUUGCGGAAAGGCAAUAAAAAGAUUGCACUCGGUAGUAGUAGUGCCAAAGAACUCAUCCCUAACAAGCGAAUCACGUAAUACUGGAUCUUCUUCAGGCGGUCCACCAGAACCCCACCAUAGCAACGUGAAUAAUAUCGAAGUCCAAUAUCAAAUCAAUUUACAACAAAGGCUCAAGUGUGUUUCUUCCAACGCUAGUACUCUUUGUCAAUCUCAGAGUAAUAUGAUUGACAGCACUAGUCACUCUGAGGGAUCCGGUUCUGCCGGCAUCUCGCAGCCUUACUUGACUGUUCCGAUCAGCGUCCACGAAGGUAUCGCUAAUUCCACGCUCAGCCUUGACACUUCCAAACAUAACCAUCAACUACAACAUUAUCUUAAUAGCGUUGAUGAACGGACACUCGCUCAGUACCGACAUUCUUCAGUUGUUGACGGAAAUGACAUGAGCGGAUUCAUCCCGAGUUGGAAUUUUUCCCAACCAGAGCAGCCUAGUAGUACAUAUCAACAGCCUGACAGCAGCCACGGACCGCUGUUGGCAAACUCGAAACUUUUCGAAGCCUUUCCUAAAGGACAACAACACGGUCAUCAUAAUGUCGCUUGGCAUCACCAGAGCGCCGACAUGCAGUCAAGCCAAAAUCCCUACCUCCAUUUGCACGAACAGUAUCAGGACCCCGCAGGUGAAAUCCACCCAGACUCUCUCACUAAUGACCACGAGGACUACUGUGGGGGUAAAUCAUCCAUACCUAGCAAAGCGACCGUUGACUACAGCGGACCAUCGGGGUCGUCGGGUUUUGUACAAGGUCAUGAAAUCAGCAGCAACAGCAGGUGCUCUACGGUCCCGGACCCCUCGAGAGAGGACAAUUUCCGAACCUACAGAAGCAGGGGUCCUCCCAAAAAAAGGCGGCCGGAGAUCGAGUCUGAUUCAGACAAUGAGGCUGAAGCUGGACCUGCCGGCAAGAAGGAACGUCUUGGAGAGAACGAGGAAACGAAAGAAAGUCAGGUCAAAGCUGAAGUGGUACGCCCCUCACUCACUCUCCGAGACUUCCAAGACUCGAGUAAAUGGAAAGAGUUUGCUAAGACAAAGAAGAUGCCGCCGUAUUUUGACCUCAUUGAAGAAAAUAUGUAUCUAACCGAGCGGAAGAAGAGCAAAUCUCACAGAGAUAUAAAGAGGAUGCAGUGUGAGUGCCCGAUCCUGCCCAAAGAGGAGCGUUCAAGGGGAAUGUUGGCGUGUGGGGACGACUGUUUAAAUCGACUGCUGAUGAUCGAAUGCUCGUCACGGUGCUUAAACGGGAUCUACUGCUCGAAUCGACGCUUUCAAAUGAAGCAGCAUGCUGAUUUCGACGUCAUCCUGACAGAAGAUAAGGGCUGGGGUCUACGCGCAGCUAAAGACUUGCCUUCAAACACUUUUGUGCUGGAAUACUGCGGGGAGGUGUUGGACCACAAGGAGUUUAAAACAAGGGUGAAAGAAUAUGCACGCAACAAGAACAUCCACUACUAUUUUAUGUCUCUAAAGAAUAACGAGAUCAUCGAUGCAACACUGAAGGGUAAUUGCUCUCGGUUUAUGAACCACAGCUGCGAGCCCAACUGUGAGACACAAAAGUGGACCGUCAAUGGCCAACUUCGAGUCGGCUUCUUCACUACCAAAGCGGUCGCCGCAGGAACUGAGCUGACGUUUGACUACCAGUUUCAGAGAUACGGGAAAGAAGCCCAGAAGUGCUUCUGUGGAGCACCGAGCUGCAGAGGCUUCCUGGGAGGGGAGAACAGAGUCAGUGUCAGAGCGGCCGGAGGGAAGAUGAAGAAAGACCGCAGUCGAAAGAGUGCACUCACCACGGUGGAUGAAGAACUGGAGGCCUUACUAGAGAAUGGUGAAGGGCUCUAUGACGAGAAACAAGUGGUGUCCUUGUGCAGACUGAUGGUCCGGGUGGAAACCAUGGAGCAGAAACUCACCUGUCUCAAGCUCAUACAAGAUACUCAGAAUCCGUCGUGCUUGAAGCAGUUCUUAGAUCAUCACGGCUUGUCUUUGCUCUGGCUCUUCAUGGUGGAGAUAUCUGAAGCCAAGGGCAACAGUGCCAAUAACAUCAAACUGCAGUCAGAGAUUCUGAAGGCCUUGGCCGUGUUACCCAUCUCCACGAAGAACAUGUUGGAAGAGAGCAGAAUUCUGACCUUCAUUCAACGAUGGGCCCAGACCAAAGCGCUCCCUCAGCCCACUGAGAUGGACGGCUACUCCAGUGAGAACACGUCUCGUGCUCAGACGCCCCUCAACACCCCCGACGGUUCCUCAGCUAAACUGGGACCAGAAUUGGACGGGGACACAUCCAAACCGGCUGUGUACCGCCGCCUUAAAAUCAUCAGCGAGAACAGCCUGGACAGCGCGCUCUCUGACGCCAGCAAAGCAUCUGAUGGCAAGGAAGAGGAAGAGGACGAGGAUGAUGACGAGGAAGAAGAUGAAUCGCCACAAGGAGCGCUUCCUGAUGACAAACAAUUGAAGGUAGACGCCGCAAGUGAACCUGCUAAUCCAGUUACGGAAACACCGGAAGAAGAGGCGAAAGAUGUUAUAGAGGAGAAACAGGAAGAGACGGAACUGGCUUCAGGCGGUCAAGACCAACUCCAGAGUGAAGACAUCAAAGACCACAUUGAGUUGCAGGUGGACCAGAAGGAUUCUGAGAUGAAAGCAGAGACGAAUGACGAACCAAAGGAUGAACUUGAGAAAUCUGACCAACCUAGCGUCGAGGAGCAGACCAGUCUGACAUCAGCAGAAACCACCGAAGUGGUCAGCAACCAGACUCCGGUUGAGACUCAUUCGGAACCAGAGAUCCAGACCGUCGAAAUGGAUGUCACUGACACUCCAACUGAGCAGCCUGCAGAGACAGAAACACUUGAGGCUCAGAAUCCUCUUCCUGGACCCGAUGCCCAAUCAGAAAAAUCAGCUACUGUUGCUCCCCCAAGCACCGAAACCCCUGAGGUCAGUACGCCCACUGAGGUCACAACAGCCCCCACGGAUCCCCCAGCAAUAGGAACGCCUUCUCAGGAUGAGGAGGAAGCUGUUUCAGAUGUGGAGAGCGAGAGGAGUCAAGAGCCCCAAGUCAGUGCUUUGGACAUUAGUGGCAUGGCUGCCAGGCUGCUGGACAGCUGGAAGGAUCUCAAGGAAGUGUACAGAAUACCAAAGAAGAGUCAGGUGGAAAAAGAAGCUAACGAGCGCAGUCGAGAUCGUGAUACUUCACGCAACACCUCUGGUAGCCGUGAAAGGGAGCGUGAAAAGGAACGAGAUAGGGACCGAGAGUAUGAUAGAGACUGGGAUCGGGACCGGGAUAGAGAUAGAGACCGAGACAGGGAUCGUGAUCGUGAUCGAGACAAAACUCCACGUAAUACCGAGAGACGAAGGAGACGCUCGACAUCACCGCCCUCUUCCUAUGAGAGGAGUAGUCGGCGCACCGAAGAACGGUUUGACCCAUCUAAGACACCGAGGGGCGUUGGCGUCAAGGAGCGCAACAAGCUUUCCACAGAGGAACGCAGGAAGCUGUUUGAGCAGGAAGUUGCGCAACGUGAAGCCCAGAAGCAACAGCAGCAACUUCAGCAACAACAACAACAACAGCAGCAACAACAACAGCAACAACAACAGCUCCAAACAAUGACCUAUGACCCUGCACUGGCUUACGCCGCCAGUUCCGGCUUCAUCACCUACCCACCCGGAUACCCCAUUCAGACCUUUGUGGAUCCCACCAACCCCAAUGCAGGCAAAGUACUACUACCCACCCCUGCACCUGAUCCCGCCCUGACUUAUGAACAGACUCCUCCCAUUGGACUCCCGUCUCCGUCAUCCACUUCACAGACCGCCCCUGCGUCCACUAUCUCUCAGCACGUCACCCCCACCAACAUCACCCCUGACAACACCCAGCAGUACGCCCAGCCCGCUGUCGCUUCCCAGGACCCCGGCGUGCCCGUCCUCUCCGUCCCCGCACAAACGCACCCCCAAGUGCAGGGCCAGCAGAGCUACACCACACUCUGGGAUCCAACCACCCAGCAGGCCGUCACCGUACAGACGCAACCGGCGCAACAGUACGCCACGGCCCCGGCGGCGGCCCCCACGCAAACUGCCAUUUAUUACCAAGGCCAGCCGUGCCAAACCAUAUACAGCAUCCCCACCGCGUACCCUCAAACCAACACCCCAGUCAUACAGGCGUACUCUGAGCCCGCAGCUAGCUACCUGCACGGACAGACGGUGUACCCUGGACAUCAGCAAGGCGUGGUGGUGCAGCAGGGAGGCACCGUCACCACCAUUGUUACGUCCCAAACUGUCCAGCAGGAAAUGAUCGUACCCAACAAUGUGAUCGACCUCCCCCCUCCUUCUCCCCCGAAACCCAAAACUAUUGUUCUACCUCCCAACUGGAAAGUGGCUCGGGACCCUGAAGGAAAGAUCUACUAUUACCAUAUUGUGACAAGGCAAACUCAAUGGGACCCUCCCACCUGGGACGGAAGUAAUGAUACUACUACUUUGGACCAUGAAUCCGAGAUGGACCUGGGUACUCCCACUUAUGACGAGAACCCCUCUAAGUUCUCCACCAAAACAGCCGAAGCCGACACUUCCAGCGAGUUAGCUAAAAAGAGUAAAGAGACAUUCCGCAAAGAUAUGUCCCAGUUUAUCGUGCAAUGUUUGAAUCCCUAUCGGAAGCCGGACUGCAAACUCGGCCGCAUCAGCAACACAGAGGACUUCAAGCACCUUGCUAGAAAGCUAACCCACGGAGUCAUGAACAAGGAGCUGAAGGCCUGCAAGAACCCCGAGGACCUGGAGUGUAACGAGAACGUCAAGCACAAGACCAAGGAGUACAUCAAGAAGUACAUGCAAAGGUUCGGCGCCGUGUACAAACCCAAGGAGGACACGGACGUGUACUGAGCAUGCAGGUCAGUUAUGGGUCAUAGGUCACGCAGGCUGUGGGCGGGGACGUCGCCCGAGGGGUGCUAUGUACACUUUCCACUGAAUUUUAGCUUCUCGACACCUCAAUAUUACCUUCUUUUUUUUUUUUUUUUUUUUUUUUUUAAACACGAUGAAGAAUCCCGUCUUUUUCAUACUUUCCACUGUUGACCACGGAUCAAAACGCAGAAUUUUUUGUUUUGGUUUAAUUUUUUUUUUUUAUUUUUUAUUUUUUUUUGGCCGGGUGCUGCUUUUAACGGCGGAAGUCCAAGUUCCAAGACUUUAAAGAACCAAGCCUUCUGAGUUUUUAUCCACUCCGCAAUGAAUCCGUAAUUCCCAUUGUGUCUUUUUUAUCACUUUAAAAGCUCCGUUUCACGUGCCACGCCCUCUUUUUUUCGUCGUUUUUUUUUUCUAACUGGACUCAUGCAGAAGAGUGUAGCAUUGCGCUUUUAACUUAUAUAUUUUUGUUGUUGUUUUAAUUAUUAUUAUUAUUAUUAAUCGCAUUUA